CCUCAAUCUAGGGUGUUAUUAUUAUAGUUAACCCACGUCAUUUCAUGCUAGAGCUCGGCUCAUAGUCAUACUACACUUUUGCUAGAGCUCGGCUCAUAGUCAUACUACAUUUUGCUAGAGCUCGGCUCAUAGUCAUACUACAUUGUGCUAGAGCUCGGCUCAUAGUCCUACUACAUUUUGCUAGAGCUCGGCUCAUAGUCAUACUACAUUGUGCUAGAGCUCGACUCAUAGUCAUACUACAUUGUGCUAGAGAUCGGCUCAUAGUCAUACUACAUUGUGCUAGAGCUCGGCUCAUAGUCAUGUCAUCUAAUCUCUAAACAAUUUCUUAGCCUAGACUCCAUUCAUUUUGAGUAAUCCUUAAGGCUUACUCCUAAUGUAACUUGGAGUUCAUAAAGUCCACCUUAAAAAUAUCCCUUAAUUGAACUAACAUUUCCGACUAGUAUUUCUAUACUAGUCGUUUGAUCUCAAUAUAACCAAGUUCUAAUUCAUAAUAGUUCGUUUAUUUCAAUUAAAUUCUACAUCCAAGUAUAAUUUGGCUCAAAUAUCAAAAUAUCACUUUUAUCCUUCCAUGACUUCUUUACAUGAGGUAAAAGUAUAUUUAUGUAACACCGUCCCCAAAAAGUAUUUACUUCUAAGUAAAUAAUGUAUUGAACUUAUGGAAUGGUUAACGAGUAUUCGAAGUUGUGAAUUUUUAUUAAUAUUUUUGCGUGAAUAGUAAAUUCGCACGUGGGGCCCGCACCGGGAACGGGGGCCGCCCGAUAUUCCCGAGACCGUAUAGUUUAUUCAUCUUGGUCAAUAUAACAUUUAUAUAGUGGUGGAUAAUUUAUUUGGUCCAAAGAAAUAAUAUAGAGUUGACCGGUUGAUCAAAAAGGCCCAAAUACCGGUAUUGGCAAUUUAACCGAUAAAAGCCCGAAAUUAAAUUUCGGGGACUUAUAAAUUAAAGUUGGGGAAUGAAUAUUCAUUAUAAGGGUCAUAAUGAUGGAGAACACAUGGUAUAUUUUAUUUGACCCGAUAAAAUAAAAUGUAUUUAAAACAGUCCGAAAAAUACAACUUUCGGGGCCGAUUGUACACGUCGGGACACAAAGGGAUGACCUCCCACAUGAGUGGGGGCCACCCCACGUUUUUUGGGGCUGGACAAACAAAGAUUGUGCUGGGUUGACAAAGAAAUGAGUGGAGGAGGUGCAAAGGGCCCUUUAACCUCACUCAUUUGUCAAAUGAGACAAAGAGGAACCCCCACCCCCCUUUCCCUUCCAUUAUUCGGCCAACCCACAAGAGAGGAGCAAGAAGGAGCUCUCAACCCAUCCUCCAUUUUUUCAGCACAAGCUCAAGCUUAAGGAGUCCAAAGAAGGGGUUUUGGGAAGGAAAAGUUGGGAGAAAGUGAGAAAGAUUAAGGGACUUGAUAUAGAGUAUCUUUGAGCUUCGCCGGAGUUUCGCCGGAGUUGGUCAAAGUUGGCCGGAGUUGGUCAAAGUUCACCGGAAUUAGUCCAAGUUCAACCGCGGAGCGUAGAACACGCUUAAGCUCACUUAAGUUUCAGGUAGGAGCUGAGCUUGCUACCAAUGCCCGUUGCUCCGGGCGAAUUCAAGGAAGGAAGACGUGGUUCGUGCUUCCUCCGUUCCAGUUUUAAAAACAUUUAAAUUAAUGCUCAUGGAUAUUACAUUUUGAAUAAUCAUUUGGGGGGCUUGUAUGCCCAUGUUUGCCAAAGUGUGGCACGAACACUUUUAUUAAAUAUUUCCGCUGCUUUGAAUGAAUAUUUUACAUUAUGUUUGUUUAUGGAUGUACUAUGUGUGAAUGAUAUUCCAGACGCCUUGUAUAGUAUGGAUGUGUUGGACUGCGGUUGACUAUGCGUACUGUACGGCGGAUUGUUGACGUGUCCGGUUAGGUCCGGGGCGUGACAAUUUAAUUGGUAUCAGAGCCUUAGUCCGUAAACUUCAUAAUGAAGCUUCAAAAUCUCUUUUCGAAAAUGAAUUUGAAAACCAUGAGCAUAAAAGUUUUGUACUUGUAGAACUUUUGGUACUUGAGUUGCAAAGUCUCUAAUUGUUAAGAUGGUACCCUUAACAAUUGGUAUGGCGGUGAUUUGAGCCAAAGGAUGUCUUUAAGUACCUAUCCGUCAUUUGACAGUGAUACGAGUGUAAUGACUCACUCUAAUUCCUUUCAGAAAUGGAGCCAGUCGGAAGGAUCACUAGGAGGAACCCGACGGGCCGUGUACCGGGUGGGUCCGAACGCGGUAGCCGGGGGUCCUCUAGGGGAUCAAGAGGAAGGGGCCGUGGAGGCCAACGUCAAACCGUGAGCGAUGGCCACGUCGACACGGAGAGUGAGACCUAUUGGUCUUAUGAGGACUCAACCUACCGGCCGGAAACUGAGCCGGUUGAGACCCCUUAUGAAGGGGAUGAUGAUGAUGUGAGCGACGAGGAGGAAAGUGGCUCCUUGGCUCGGAUCGAAGCGCUGCUCCAACAAUAUCAUCGGGAGCGCGAGGAAAGGAGGGAACGCCGAAGGCGCCGUGCAGGGCAACCUUCGGGUGGGGCUCCAAGAGGAAGGAGCUAUUGUGAUUCAAGAACCCAUGUGGAAGCGCAUGGGAGUCGAGGUGAUGGAGGUCCAACCAUAAGGAUCUCCAAAUACAUCAAAGAGGCGAGGGACUUGGGGUGCAAACCGUUCGAUGGGACGGGGGACAUCUCGGUGGCCGCGCAAUGGAUCAAGAGGCUGAACGAGGCAGCCCUUGACAUGCAACUCACCCCCGAUUUCAAACUGAGAAUCGCGGUGAGGUUACUUGAAGGGUUGGCAUCCAAGUGGUGGGAUGGAACCAAGGGCAAGUAUGGAGGGAAUGUUACUUGGGAGGAUUUUCGGCAAGAAUUCUUUGCCCAAUACUACUCCGACUUUGAGGUAAACGCCAAAGUGAGGGAGUACACUCUUUUGACCCAAGGGGGUAACAUGACGGUGAAAGAACUUGAGCAUAAGUUCAGGGACCUUGCCGACCACAUACCGGAGUAUGCUUGUGAUGAGAACCGAAUGGUGAAUCACUUUUGGGAGGCCUUGGACUUGGAGAUACGUGAUAGGGCGACUCAAUUGCCCAACAUGACUUUCAGCCAAGUGGUUGCUCAAGGGUUGAAGGGAGAAAAGCAAUGGGAGGAGAGGAAGAAGAGGGACGUCGAGGAGGCGAAGAAGAGAAAAUGGGAAGGCCAUGGCCCCCAAGGUUCUAAUAAGAAGGGGAACCAUGGGGGAGGAGGAUCAUUUAGGGCACCGGCACCACCAUCCAAGGGAAACCCGGCCUUCAGCGGGCACAACUCGGGCUCACAAGCCUCAACGGCGCCCAGGUGCAGAAAUUGCAAUAGGAGCCACGGGGGUAAGUGUCGAGACCCUCCUCGGUGCUACCAAUGUGGAGAGACGGGGCAUAUUAAACCAAAUUGCCCUCAACUUGGUGGGAACCGAGGGACGGGAUCGAGUGGCGCUACUACGGCAAGUAGGAACCGGAAUGGGGCACCUCAUGCUAGUACGGUUCAAGCGGGAGCGAGCACGAGCAACGCGCCGUCCGUGAAUCAGGGGAGGUCUCAAACACGGGUCUAUGCGAUGACCGAGGCCGACGCUCGGGCUAAUCCCGACUCCGUUGCAGGUAAUCCUUUGUAACAAUUGAUAAAUUACAUGUCUUGAGUGCUAAGAAUGAUAGCGGUUUUGUACGGGCUCGCCGGGACCGAUACCGGUCGGUUUCUUGGCAAAAAGUUGCGAAAAUAAACUGCCCAGGGGUAAACCGGCGCCGGUCAUGGCUUAAAC